AUGGAUGACUUAGGUCUACAGCCACAAUCUAUAAGUCGCGAUAAGAUAAAUUCAUACUCGCAUUUAAGUGAUUUAAUUGACUUUGUCACGUACGAGAAUGCCACUCCAAGGGUACUCAUUGGAGCGGAACACUGGCAUCUCUCAAUAAACCGAGAGGUUCGGACCGGAGGGAAAAAUGAUCCCGUCGCUUGCCUGACAGCGCUUGGCUGGACACUGUAUGGUGUUGCUUCCUCCCGAACAAAACUCAUUGAAUUUGUAAACCACACCUUUGUGAGGUACGAUGACGACAGUAUUGAAACUCUAUUAAAGGAACAAUAUAAACUUGACUCCAUAGGUAUAAAACAUACAGACACAUCGCUCAACAAACAGGAUCAACGCGCAGUCGACAUUUUAGAGGCGACUGCUAGGCGGCUACCCUCUGGUCGUUUUGAAGUAGGUAUGCCUUGGCGCGACGACGUUAUACGCGUCCCUGACAGUCACCCCCAAGCGUUGUCUCGUUUUUUAAGUUUGGAGCGUCGUAUGUCCAAAGAGCCUGAGUUCGCUAAGGCAUACACCGAGUUCAUGAAUAACAUGAUUGACAAGGGUUACGCAGAGGAGUGUUCUCCAGAGUCUUACCACGUUUUUCAUAAAAAAGACUGUGACAACGUGCGGCUUUAUCUCCCACAUUUUGGCGUAUACCAUCCUCAAAAACAAAAGGUUAGGGUUGUGCACGACGCAGCAGCUAGAAACGAGGGUAUAAGUUUAAAUUCCCUGCUGAUCCCUGGUCCUGAUCUACUACAACCUCUUCUCAAAAUUUUAUUUCGGUUUCGGGAAGGCCUCGUUGCGAUGACAGCCGACAUUAAGGAAAUGUUUCCUCAAGUUCGGAUAAGGGAACAGGACAGAGACGCUCUUCGAUACUUGUGGAGGUCAGACAAAUCACAACCCCUUAAAGAGUUUAGGAUGACAUGGGUGAUAUUCGGUGCGUGCUGUAGCCCCUUUGUAGCACAGUUUAUAAAAAACAAAAAUGCUCGCGAACAUGCUCACCAGUUCCCUAAAGCCGUAGACGCCAUCUUGUUCAGUCAUUAUAUGGACGACUACAUCGAUUCUCAAGAUGACGUAAACGAGGCCGCCCAUUUAGCUGCGGACAUAGUCAAGGUGCAUGGUGCAGCCUGUUUCGAGAUGCGAGGAUGGAUCUCCAAUAAGUCAGAGGCACUUAAGCUUGUCCCCGAGGACUUGAGAGCUGUCCAACAAGUGGAGGUUAAUCUUGGUGAGUCAGCUAGUUUCAUACGAGCUUUAGGCAUAGCGUGGUACCCCAGCACAGAUUUUAUAGGGUUUCGCACGGGUUUGACUGAAACGGCGCCAGUCAAAUUGACUAAGAGGAAGGUUUUGUCUCACAUAAUGCGCGUUUAUGACCCUUUAGGUUUGUUAGGGCCCAUUGUUGUACAAGGGCGAAUACUUUUUCAACAAACUUGGCGGACUAACGUCGGCUGGGACACCGACCUUCCCCAAACUGAGGCAUCAAAGUGGUCUGAUUGGUUUCGAGACCUGUCUAAAGUCACGGCGUUAAAGAUUCCGCGUUGGUAUUCGGGCGCAAAGGGAUCUGAACCCUCUUUUAGAGAGCUGCAUGUUUUUUCCGACGCGAGCGAGCUCGCCUAUGCCUGUGUUGCUUACUGGCGUUUACUUUACCCCGACGGAAGCAUCAAGGUCGCUCUCAUAGCGAGCAAAGCCAGAGUUUCCCCAUUAAGACCGAUUUCGAUUCCACGCUUGGAACUGCAGGCCGCUUUGAUAGCCUCACGGCUUGGGGUCACCAUCAAGGACAGUCAUCGCAAAAAAUCUAUCCGUACUUAUUUUUGGACUGACUCAAUGACUGUCCUUCAGUGGUUACGUAACGACGCACGAGCCUUUAAACCUUUCGUUGCCCAUCGGCUUGGAGAGAUUUUAGAAAAUUCGUCAGUCGAAAAUUGGCGAUGGGUACCGACAGAUUUGAACGUGGCCGAUGAUGCAACGAGGUUGCGCCCUAUAAAUUUGGACGCUACCCAUAGGUGGUUUAGCGGUCCCUCAUUUCUUUUGAAAUCUUCGGAGGACUGGCCCUCAGAGCCAUUGCAUGUCCCACCAGUUCGAGACGAGUUGAAAUGUCCGCGGAACGAAUUGGUGGGAUUACUCACGAUAGGCGCGGUCAUUCCCGACCCAGUCACACCUCCUUUGGACCGUUUUAGUGACUGGGUGCGCUUGUUGCGUGCCACAGCACGAACGCAUCAAGCCGCGGCUUUGUUUAAAAACUGUUUGGCUACCGCUCAUCAACGUCUCCGCCGCUUGUCCACGCCCGCCACGCUGCCGCCUCUCGAUGCCGAUCUCAUGAAAGCCGCAGAAAGGCAUGUUUUACGACGGAUCCAACUCGAGUCAUUCCAGAACGAAAUCCACCUUAUCGUCAACUCGAAGCCAAUCCCAUUCGAGCAGCCGCAUUUCCAAACUGUCGCCCUCACUGGGAGAGGACAAGCUCCUGCACUUGGCUGGGCGAAUUAA